AUGAAGCUGCUAUUGGCUUGUUCUCUGCUCUCUCUUUUGGCAGGGCACUGCUGGGGAGACACCCGGACCAUCGGAGCCGAGGAAUGCCCCCCCAACUCACAGCCUUGGCAAGCCGGCCUCUUCUUCCUUACGCACCUCUUCUGCGGAGCGUCCCUCGUCAGCGACCGCUGGCUGCUUACUGCUGCCCACUGCCGCAAGCCGUACCUGUGGGUUCGCCUCGGGGAGCACCACCUCUGGCGGUGGGAGGGUCCAGAGCAGUUGUUCAGGGUCACAGAGUUCUUCCCCCACCCUGGAUUCAAUGAUGACCUCCGGGCUCAAGACCACAAUGAUGACAUCAUGCUGAUACGGCUGCCCAAGACGGCAAAGCUGAAUUCUGCUGUGAAGCCUCUUAACCUCAGUGAGACCUGUGUCACUCCAGGCACCCAGUGCCUCAUCUCGGGCUGGGGGGCUGUGUCCAGCCCCAAAGUGAAGUUUCCUCUAACCCUGCAAUGUGCCAACAUCAGCAUCCUGGAAUCCAAGCUCUGCCACCGGGCAUACCCAGGCCACAUCUCUAGCAGCAUGCUGUGUGCUGGCCUGUGGGAGGGUGGAAGAGGCUCGUGCCAGGGUGACUCUGGGGGUCCCCUCAUUUGCAACGGGACCCUGGCUGGAGUGGUGUCUGGGGGCGCAGAGCCCUGCUCCAUGCCCAGGCGGCCGGCCGUCUAUACCAGUGUAUGCAAAUACUUGCCCUGGAUCCGAAAGAUCAUGAAGGAAAACUGA